AUGUUUUCAAUAUUAUAUUUUUAAAUAAGAAAUCUUAUUCCAAGCAUAUAGCAUAUAUUAGGCAGCAGCGGUGGCCGCAGUAGUAGACUCUUCGGUCUCCUGAUCAGUCGCCGCGCGCUGUGCGGGUUCGAAUCCCGCCCCAAGAGAAAUUUUUCUCUUGGCUAUGGAUGUUGUGAUUGUCCUGUUAACCAAGUUUUGGCAAAAAUUUGUUGUGAAACAAUCCCAUAUUUCUUGAGGCUUUUGUCUCAGUUCGGUGAUUGUACGAGCAGGAUGUUGUCGUGGUAGACGGCCUCUGACUGUCGAACGCGGAGGUACCACCCGGCGGAUCUCGUAGGCGGAGCCAGAAUGUAUGCAUGUUGCAUGCACACGUGUUCCCUCGCCAGAGUCCCUGUGGCGUUCCCUCUUUCCCCUGUAUCCCC